AUGGCGGACCCUUCAAAACUAUUUUGGAGUUGCCAACAGGGAGAUGACUGGCCCAACAGUUUGGAUAUUUGUGAACUUAUGGUGGAGGUCUUUGGAGUCAUCGCCAACUUUACGGUCACUAUUGUACUCUUCCUUCUUCGCGUAGAGAAGUCCGAAGUUCUGGCCCUUCUGCGAGUUCUCCCCUCUAGUUGUCCAGUUUCCACAGUCAUUGAUUUUCUGCACGAUGUUGGCCCCCCUAGCUCCAACACUGGCAAAAUCUACUUUGACGGUCUCGUUUGCCUCUUCUGGAGUAGUCGUUUUCUCUACUGGUACAGUAAGGUCCACGUUUACCACAGUGCCGUUGCCUUCGCCCAUAACAGGGCCUUUAAACUACUGCAACUUCGGUAUUAUCGCCUGACUACAGAGAGGCGGCGUCUCACAGCCUACAUGCUCUUUGCGUUUAUUGGCAGCUUUCUUGCUGCAGUGCCUCAACUACUUGGAGCGCAGCCACAGGUGAAGAACUGUGCCUGCGCGUCACCAAUCGGGGACCUUGUUGUCCUAUCAGUAGUGUAUGCUCACUCCUACCUGAUGGUGGCGUUUUUCGCGAUAAUUUAUCCUGCCCUUCUCGUCUACAUAUCAAUUGCUUUACUUUUACGACUGUGGAAAAGCACAACAAUGGGUACACCUAUGGGGGAGGACGAAAUGGAUAAACUCGCAUUUCCGGACACACUGUCACCCUCUGAAGACUCGCUUACAAUUCACUCAAAUCCUGGCGACUUGCAGCAACGCAGAAUAGCAGCCCACUCUGAUAGAUCAGAUUGGCCAGCCUCAUUUUGUAUUAAACCCCUAACUGUUGCCUACAUUGCAACCUUUACUUAUGAUGCAGUCUACCAAUUACUGAGUGCAACUGGUACACUCACCUACGUGAUACAAAGUCCACGACAAACAUUCGGUGAGAUCUUGCUCAUUUUCUUCACUGCGCUGGUGCCGCUGAUCCUCUUUUUCCACAUCCCAGCGAUGCGAUCGGUCAUCUACUGCGUGCAUAAGAAAAGAAAUGCAGCCGGUAUAAACUGA